AUGCUCCCACUUCUACUCUCGGGAUUACUGCUCAUAUUGUGGCUACUCUGGAGGAUUAAGGUGAAGAUGAUGAUGGACAAAGGUGGGGAAACUCAGACUGGCUGUGGAAGCCCUGCAGCUGCAGCACAGGAGGAGAUGCAAGCGGCCGAUGGACCCACUGCAGCUGCACCCACCCUUGCUCCUGUUGAACACUCCACACCAAUGGGUCUUGCAUCAUCUACCUCAACAGACAGCGAGGCCAACAGUCCCCAAACCCACAUUGACCCCCCUGAGGGAUCCAUGAUACCCAGGGCAGGGGGUUCCCAGCCUCCUCAGGCCUCUUCAGAGGGGAUGACAGGGCAGUACACACAGCCCCAACCUUCUCCCUUCGUCGUCCCUCAACCUCCCAGCAGAACGACCAGGCCCAAGCUCAGCUCAGGCCCUGAGGCUCGACGAGCCUGCCUCAAGUUCAUCCUGGGGGCAUCGGAGGACAAUUCAUCAGAUGAUGAGCCACUUUUGACCAUGAAACCCCCUACAGGUUCUAGUUCCUCUGAGUUAGCAGCCACCUCCUCCACCCUACGGCAAACUGCAUCAGCAACCUCAAACGCCUUCUCCCCCCCACAGCAAGUAACAUCAACCACCACCUCCCCUGGAAUGAGGUAGGCCAUUGCAAUGUUGUUUAACUUCUUUGUUAACGUUAACUUCGUUUUCAUUAUAGAGUAAACCGGUUUAGGCAUCCUAAUUUUCUCUAGCCUGGUGACAUCAGAAAUGUAUUUUAUUCAGAAUGUGUUGGUGGUGAAUGCAAGUGCCUGCUCCAUUAACCCAGUAUGAAGAAAUAAAUGGAUCAUUGAGCAGAUUAGCCCAGAUCUCAUUGACUAGUGAGGUGAGGGUACCUGUCAGUGCAGUAGCCUGUCACUGACAGCAGAGUGCGCAGUUGCUCAACAGGCGAGACCAAGUGUUGGCCAGGCCAGAGUCUAACUUUGCCAACCACAUUGUGGUAUGAUUGCUGCCCCGUGUUCUGUCUCCACACGACCAGCCUGCCCGUGAUCACCUGAUCACAGCAUGCUGCUGACAGUGAACUGUAUUGUUGUUGCGUGCCUCACGUCUCUGCACUAUUAAUGGAAGUGUCUCUGACUUUGACCUUGGAACCAGAGUCCUAAGGGGCACUCAACAACGUAUUGUAUGUUCGCUAGACAAACGUUUCUCCCGCCCUUGGAAGUUCUCUGCAAAUAAAUUAGACUUGCUGUAUGUAGCCUUUAGGUAUAGCCCACAAGGAGCUAUUGUUUAUCUUUUUUUGGUGAUAUCGCGAUGGAUAUGUGGGGUAGUUGGUCAGGUAAGCGUAUCUAAGUCUACUUGACGCAAGUUCAGUUGGCUUUGACCGCCCCAGUCCACUCUCAGCCAAGUCUUAAAAGCUUGUUUGUACACUUGAGCCACUUGUGCAGGAAUUGCCAUGGAGGUGAAACUGAAAGAGGAGAAAGGUAAGAACUUACCGAGAGGUUUUUCAUGUUGUUUCAGGAAAUAGAGCCUUUUGUUUUCCCGAACAUUAAGAAAGAGCAUGGGCCUAUGAGCAGCACUGACUGACCUCAUACUACUGUGUAGGCUUACACAACAAUGUUUUGGCAAAUUCAGUCAGUUUGCAAAAUUGAUACAUGAAAGGAUUAGCCUUCCAAGUUUUUGUUUACAAUGUGCUAGAAGGUUACGAUAAGCUGUAGUUUGGUGGUUCGUGAAGGGACAACUUGUAAUUAACUUUAUUGAUAAUUGAUACACCCUGUGUCUGUCUGUGUGUAUGAGGGAGAUAUCAGACAAGAUUGUCAAACGUCUACACACACACAAAAACACACACGCACACAUAGUCUGCAGUGUUCUGUUCCCGUUCCAUAUGGGACUGUGGGUGAAGAAUGUUUUUCUCUGCCUGUGGGAGGGGAGAGGGGAGGUUGUGGCUUAGCUGACAGGAAGUUUCUGGUGGAGGUCUUAUUGUUUUGGUCUCAGAUUUCAACUCCGCUAUUCACACAUCAGAGACAAUCUGCCAUGGAGGGAGAUGGAAGUCUCAACUGGUUUCAGUAUCUCAGGUUAGUUCCUUUCUUUAGUUUUUUCAUGCAGCCUACUGUUUUUCUAUGAUUCUUGGACUGCAGGUUUCAGACACAACAGUUUUAUUUCUGGGUUUGGGAUUUCAGAACUGUGACGAUGUCCAGAGAAGUUGUUUACCAUGUUGUAGAUUGGCAUUGUUGAUAGUUGGUGUGUCUGAGUUGGUAGACAGAUAUGUAGUAGGCCUAAACAGUGAAUGCUGUUCUAUUGAUAUUGUGGCUAUGGUUAUUUGUUUGUAACUGAGCUGUGCUGGCCUUGGCACAUGUAGCCUCCUAUAAAGAGGAAGUCAAGAAAAUUCCCUCUCACGAUAUGCUGAGGUCACGGAUUAGUAUGGAACUCCCCUCACCUGGUUGUCUUAAUUGAAAAGAAAAGAAAAAAAUCAGCAGACACUAGGCCCUCCAUGGAAUGAGUUUGGCACCCCAAUUUUAACAUGUUGCAGUAGCAAUGUUUCCACCGGUGGAAUUGGGAUGACCACAUCUAAAAAGCCCAAAUGCGAGAAGGGAACGAUUUUUGCGGGACGUUCACGGAACGGUGGACAAAAUACAUUUUCCCCCAUUCUUUUUGCCGACAUCUUUGAAUCUUAAUUUGUGUGAAAUAGAAAUGUGUUUUUUGCAUAUCGCAACUUCUCCUGAGACACCCUCGGAGAGUGGGGUCACGGCCAGGCAUCACCAUUAUUGACGGCGACCCUGUAGCUAUUAGUUAUGUUUUUUGCCUCUAACUGCAAGGCUACCUGCCGCCCUGGUCUCAUAAACUUAGGGAGAUUUUACUGUCAUUCUGUUACCAAACUUUGUAUCUGCACUGUUCCUCAUGUAAAUGUAUUUUAGCAACGUUUUCUGUGUCAAUUGUUACAAGAAGACUUCUGCGUACAUGUGUAUUGUUUGUGUAGGGUUUUUGCUUGGCAUAUUUGAAAGUGAAAAGGUGAGUCUCAGCGUUACUCUGUUACUGUGGAAUUGUCCAUUAUCAGACAGAUGGAGGCUAUGAUGAGUUGCAAGACUGCAUCCCUAAAACUAGCCUAUCUAACCGAAUAAUGGCUGGAGCUUGAGUAGUGCACUUUCAGCACAGGAAUAUGAAACCCCAAAGUACUGUAUCUCUUUGGUCUUUUAUGACUUCUAGCUUGAUUUCCUGCAAACCUACGGUGCUAUAGUCUAAUAACAGAACAGAACAUGCCAGUCACCCCCCCCCCGCCAGGAUUGUGACUUACACUGCACGCACGUGUUAUUUAGGCACGUGUUAUGUCUUUCAGAAGUUUGGCUAGGCUGAUAGCCUGAGGGCUGAAAUUGCAUGUGUUUUUUAAAAAUUUGAUGUCCAAAUCAUCCGAAGUAACAGGAAAAAGUCUCGGCACACUUCCAGUCAGAUCCAAAUGUAUUUUAAUUAUAGCUGAGCUUUCGGUCAGUCGACCUUCAUCAGAGCAUAUCUCCACAAACAAUAGUGGGACAGAUAAGGCCACACAGCGAGCCAGAGGUAAUUGCAGACACCCGUGGUAAUCUGAAGUACCCAUAAGGCCACUAGGUAGAAAUACAGGAUAGAACAGAACAUGUUAUGGAUGUAUUUCUACUAGAACAAAACGCAGGGAAUGUGGUGUUAGUAUAAGGAACCCAUACUCUCAAAGAGAGAGCAAUAAAGCAGAAAAACGGCUUGUGCCCCGAUACUUCAAUUUUUUUGAAGUAUCGGGCCACUAGGGCUGUCAUGAAUACAGGACACCCUAAUACCAGGGAGACGGUGUGCGUGUGAAGCUAAGAUGAUGACAAUAGGAAUUACAACAUGACCCUCAUCAACAUCCUCGUAAAAUCCUCACAGUUGUAGGGUGCCUAAAGUAUGAAUCCAGAAGAGUUCUCUCCGGCAGAGUUUACGGUUGUUGUCUCCUCUUGGUGACACUUCCACCUUCUUCUCAAUGCCCUGGAAUAGUAGAGAAGAUGCACUGUGAGAGCACUGGACAAAGUCCAAGUCAUCCCAAAGUGUCUGUGUAUCUCAAUGAAGUUACUUUAAGAUGAUUUGUGUCGGACAUUUUAAAACAUUUAGCCUAAAUGUUUUAAAUGUUAAACAUUUAGUCAUUUGGGUGAACUGUCCCUGAUAUUUGAUUUCCCUAGGCCUAGCUAUAGCUUCAAAUCUCAAUUGUAUAUUGAGUACAGAUUUCUUCCUGGUCUUGACAUCCUCAUUGUCCUAUAAUUAACUUCACUGGAAAGGGUCUGAUAAAAUGAAAAUCCUCUCUAAGCACUUUUUUGCUUUAUCCAAGUGGCAGGCUUCCUCUUAACCCUUCCCUGGUACGCUAUAUCGUUCAGUGAACUUCUUAUCGUUUCAUUGUGUCGUCUUAUGUCACUUUUCAAUUAAAUGGGCAGAGUUUCUGAAUGAGUCCGGCUACUUAUUAAGUCAUCACGUGAUCAUGUUGAACCCUGUGAUCAUUUGAAACCCAUAUCCAUGUUAAUCUUAACUGAGUGCAGUUAUCAUUGUAUCCAUUAUCAUGUCUUUUUCAUAUGAACUUGGUUCAUAUGAAUGUUAUUGGUGGUUUGGCACAAUGGAGAGAUGAUAAAAUGAUCUAUCACUGAUAGGGUUAAGGUCUUGCAUGUGUAACUAGGCUAUGUAUUUUUGCUGAUAACACGUUAACCCUUAAUUAUCUCUGUGGUCUGGGAAGUCUUGUUUAUACGUGCAGUAACUACCGGAGCCACAAUAUCUCUGACGCAACUCUGAAGGUAACAGAGCUGAUUAGCACUUUGUUGUAUUGACAUCUGUCAUAUUGUAGCGGAGUUGGAACAUUUGUCUAUCAAGGUAGACUGAACACCUUACGUAAGAAAAGGCUGACAAGAUCUUUGGCUUACAGAGAAGGUAAGGAACUUGUGACCUGAGCAACAACAGCACAGCUGCUACCCUCUGUAGAGACUGAACUUUGUCUGACUGCUGCAAUGGUCCAUCGAUUACCAAUGUCGCUGUUUCCUCCUCCUUGUUAUGGGUUUUGUCACAGAGUCCGAUGAUGGUUUUCCCCUUGGGACAGUAAAGAAGGCUAUAGCAUAUUAUAUGGUGAACUUGCUAGCGCUGGACGGGAAUGUUCUUCUAGUACAUUAUACAUUUUAGUCAUUUAGCAGACGCUCUUAUCCAGAGCGACUUACAGUUAGUGAGUGCAUACAUUUUCAUACUAGUAGUCCUUUACAUGCAUAGAUUUGUCACAAUACAGAAAUGAAUGAUUGCCAGUUGCUUGAUGUUUUGCUUGAGUAGGAACUAGGUUACAAAAUGAAAUACUGUAGGUUACAACAUUGACAUAAGAGGACACAAUGAAACUGUAAUUUAUACUCACUAUAACCUACUUCAUUGGAAAGGGUCUGACAACAUAAAUCCUCUCCAAGCACUUUUUUUGCUUUAUCCAAUAGCCUGUUCAGUGGAAGUGCCAGACUUCCUCCUAACCCUUCCCUGGUAGGCUAUAUUGUUCAGUGGAAGUGCCAGACUUCCUCCUAACCCUUCCCUGGUAGGCUAUAUUGUUCAGUGUUUGAUCAUUCUCGGUAGUGAACUUCUGAAUGAGUCUGGCUACUAAUUGAAGUCAUCACGUGAUCAAGUUAAACCCAUGAUCAUUUAAAAACCAUUUCCAUGUUAAUUUGAACUUAAUAAAAUUAUCAUUUUAUCCAUUAUCAUAUAUUUUUCAUAUGAACUUAGUUCAUAAGAAUAUUAUUGGUGGUUUGGCACAAUGGAGAAAUGGUACAAUUAUCUGCCAAUGAUAAGGUUAAGGGCGUAUGUAACUAGGCUAUGUAUAUUUGCUGAUAACACGUUAACCUUUGAUUGACUAUGUGGUCUGGCAAGUCUUGGUUAUACCUGCAGUGUGUAGUAACCUAAUUACCAGAGCCACAUUAUCUCUGAGGCACCUCUGUAGGUAAGAGAGGAUUAGCACUUUGUUGUAUUGACAUCUGUCAGAUUGUAGCGGAGUUGGAACAUCUGUCAAGGUAGACUGAACACCUUGUGUAUGAUAUGGCUGACAAUAGGGCCGGGACGAUACCAGUAUCGUGAUACUCAUUAGUAUCACGGCAAGGAAACAAAACUUCUUUAGGAAAACAGCCCUAAUGUUGGAAACAAACAUCAUUAUGUUGUCAUCCAGAGUCACAUUUAUUUAUUUUCCAAGCUAUAGCACAUCAUAUUUUACAUACAGCAGGUUUUUAAGACGAAAGAGUUUGCUCUGCUUUGUGGUUUCAUUUUUGCCAUGGAAAACAUAUUGCGAUACUGGUAUCAUCCCUGCCCUAGCUGACAAGAUAUUUUGCUUACAGAGAAGGUAAGGAACUUGUGACCUGAGCAACAACAGCCCAGCUGCUACCCUCUGUAGAGACUGAACUUUGUCUGACUGCUGCAAUGGUCCAUCGAUUACCAAUGCCUCUGUUUCCUCCUCCUUGUUAUGGGUUUUGUCACAGAGUCCGAUGAUGUUUUUCCCCUUGGGACAGUAAAGAAGGCUAUAGCAUAUUAUAUGGUGAACUUGCUAGCGCUGGACGGGAAUGUUCUUCUAGUAGUCCUAUGUCCUACUUUACCGGGACAUACUUUACAUGCAUAGAUUUGUCACAACACAGAAAGGAAUGAUUGCCAGUUGCUUGAGUAGGUACUAGGUUACAAAAUGAAAUAUUGUAGGUUAUAACAUUAAAUAUUAGCAAAAAACGAGAGGCAUUGACACUUUUGUGCUCUUCGCCAACAACUCGUCUGUUUUCUCCUCCAGGCCUAGCAUGUCUCGCCCACACCUGGUGAAGAAGGGUCGCGAGCCCCGGAAAAUGGAGCUGCAGAGAGACUUCACCGUGGCCUCGCCAGCCGAGUUUGUCACCCGCUUCGGUGGAAACCGUGUCAUAGAUAAGGUAAAAUGUCCCUGUCGGUCUGUCUGGGCCUUUUGGAUGAGUGUCGCAAAAUUGUUGUCGCUUACCAAACUCUUCGUCAAGCUACGUGCAACAGACUAAGCCACCAAAAUACAGCGUCAAAGUUGUUCUAGGGUAUUGUGUAGUUUAUUCUCAAACUCUCUCUCUCUCUCAUUCUUUCUCUCUCUCUCCAUCUCCCCUUCUCUCACUUUCUCUCUCCCCCUAUUUCUCUUUCUCAAGGUGCUGAUAGCUAAUAAUGGCAUAGCAGCAGUCAAAUGUAUGCGUUCCAUCCGCCGUUGGUCCUACGAGAUGUUCCGUAACGAGAGGACCAUCCGUUUUGUGGUGAUGGUCACCCCCGAGGAUCUGAAAGCCAAUGCAGGUCAGUGAGACAGGUUUUCGCAGGCCAUCAUCAUCAUCAUCAGCAGCAGCUCCAGAAGGUUGUUCCUCAUUGUUCAAUGGAGAUAAAGUCUACAGUGGGAAACACCAUAAAUUGUGCCCGAGUCAUUCAAUUACUCCAUUGAAUUAACUAAAUCCUUUCCCUGUGAACCUCUGUUUGUGUCUGGCUCUUCUAUAGAGUAUAUCAAAAUGGCGGACCACUAUGUACCCGUCCCAGGCGGAGCCAACAACAACAACUAUGCCAACGUAGAGCUGAUCGUAGACAUCGCCAAGAGGAUUCCUGUACAGGUCAGACUGCGUUCCUCCACCUCCACUUGCACCCACAGAGACAUUCAAAAUCCCAAAUCAAGUCACAGUGUUCUAUGAUGGGUGGACCGGCGGCCAUAUUGAGUGUACCCAUGAGUGUUCCAGUCAAAUUCCCAUGUUCUGAGGGGUUUUGUCCAAUCUAGUAGUUCUAUUUUUAUGACUCUGAUCUCUGCUUUCUCUAUUGUUCAUAGGCGGUCUGGGCCGGGUGGGGUCACGCCUCUGAGAACCCCAAACUACCUGAGCUCUUGGACAAGAACGGAAUCUCUUUCUUAGGUACAUCCCAGCAUUAAACCAUUUGUGGGUUAUUUGAUUGUAAUGAUUUCCCAUUGGUAAUUUCAGCUUUAAUGACAUUACAACAGAAGCGCCAUUCAUUGUGAUGUAGAACUCGUUGGUUAUUUUUGUUGGUGUGUGUCUCAGGGCCACCCAGUAAGGCCAUGUGGGCUCUGGGAGAUAAGGUGGCCUCCUCCAUCGUGGCCCAGAGCGCAGACAUCCCCACCCUGCCUUGGAGUGGAUCAGGUGAUGUACCCCCCCUGCCUGCACCCUUACCCCCAGACAACCCUGCCACCUUCCCCAACACCCCCAUCCCCUAUUACAUAAUACUCCUUACAUACAGUAUUAGGACUCUGACUGGGUUGUAUUUUGAGACUAACGGUUGUAAGGGAUUGUCAAGUUAUUACUAUUACUAUAAGAGAUCGGGGCACCAGUCCGUUAUAGGACAAAAUUGGCCUUCUAAGAAAACCUGAGUUAUUUUAUCAAUAACUCCAUAAGACUACAACUAGAAUAUUAGCAAUACUUGGUCUAUCUGAAGGUAUAGUGUAUUCUAUAGAGCUGUUGGAACUGUCUGUAACCAGAAACAACACUUGUAAACACACAUUUAUUAAAAUAUAAAAUAAAACAAACCAACAAUACACAGGAUAAAAUGAUACAGAAUAAAUGAAUGGGGUUUUGGGAUAGUGAUUUUCAGUAAAGUAUUCAGCUACUGUAGUCAACGCUAGGGCAGCAUGGAUACAACCCUUGUCAAUGGGAAGUAGGCCGAGGCCUGGAAUUGAAAGGAGUUGGGAAAGAAUGGCUUGUCUGUGGGAUAUCAUCUAAGCUAAUAUUUUAGCAAUAGGAAUACAUUUUGCUGUUCAAUAAUCAAUACACCGAAUCAUCAGAUAACCGGUUUUGUGACUGCACCAAGAAGGUACAGACAGUUAUGGACAUAAUUUGUUAUGAACAAAACCUAACUCAGCCACACCUUCUUUCACACUUGGACUCAAAUGGGAUGGACUGAUCUGAAGCUCGGCCAAUCAGAGGUCAAGUACACAGUCAAACCCCUCCCUGGAACUAAAACAUAAUGUGAAUUACUGAAAAAGAGCUGAUGUGAAAAGAUCUGAUGUGAUUGGUCGAAAUACCAAUUAGUGGAAAAAAAAUAUCAGGAUUGGACUGUCUGUGUAAAUGCAGCCUCAGUGUCUUUCAACUGUAGCCAGGUCCUUUGGUGAAUUCCAAGGCCUACACUCUGCACAUCUCUUUGUUGUGCAAAACGUGAAGCGCCUUUCAUUGAAAGGUGACCAUUUGCCGCUGUCUGCUUUGUUAUCCAACUGUGGCCAAUGUGGCAGCAGUCUAAUCUCAAUUUGAAUGAGGGGGAUGAGGUGAAGCCGUUGAAGUAGAAUGGGGAGCCUCCCAUAGAUAUCCUAUUAAAUUACUAGAGUGGCUAUGUCAUAAACCCUCAAAGUUCCAGAAUGGGGUGAAAAUGGCAGCCAUAUUGGUCAGGGAGAAAUAUAAGCCUGUCUGAUUGGAAUGAAUGGCAGUAGAGGCAUAAUCCUGAUUUUACUUAUGCAGGAAAAUGAAAGGAAGGCAAAUGAUAUAUCAGAAAUUGUGUAAUAGAAUUAUUGUCAACCUAAAAUAUUGUCAUAUAAUUAUAAAUGCAGUUCAUACAGGUUCUAUACAAAUUGUCUGUAUAAAUAGCCUCUAAAAGAUAUGUAAACAGCCCAUGCAUGUCUACAUUUUUGUUUUGGAAAGCUGUGAGUGCUAUUAUAUGAUACAAUAUAAGUACUUAUUGCAUUUAUGCCUGCAAGUCCUCUAUCAUCAACUGAUUUCAGCCAGUGUAUGGCUGUGGGUUGACUGCAUUGUUUGAGUGGAAUGCUAGCAUAUUGGCAGUUCAUUUAAAAACAAUUAUGGAAUAAUUUCUCUAAAAUUGGCAGGCUAGCUAACAAACAUACAGUGCAGAUAAAUUCUUCAAAUUCAUUAUCCCAUGGUUGGCGAACUCCCUGACCAAAAUGGCUGACCUUUAUCCCAUCAUAAGAAGGUUCAUGUCCAUUCUAGUAUUCUAAUUCUAUGGGGCGUCCUUCCUGGUGGAGAGGUAUCUCCUUCUAUGACUUUGGGGAUUGGUUGACCGUCUCCAUCUUGGUGUUAAUUUGAAGUUUGGGAAAUGCAGAUUGGGAGAAGGUGUCCUUCCUGAUCAGACGGUGUGGACAAGGGCGGUGGGGUGCGACUGCAUUUGAAAUGAGUGUCGCGGCGUGGCUACACGGUCUUGGAAGAUUAUUCUAUUGUGCCUACACAGCCUAUUGUUUAUCUCUGUCAUAAGGAUAUUUGUCCAGUGCAAGGUCUCAUGGUCUUUCUCCUGCCUGUGCUAUAGGUCUGAGAGUAGACUGGACAGAGGAUGACCAGAAGCUGGGCCACGUGAUUAGCGUACCUCCGGAGGUCUACGUGCAUGGCUGUGUGCGCGACGUUGACGAUGGACUGGCGGUAAGCAUCGCCACGCCAUCACCCACCUCAUUAACGCUGAAACCAUAGAGACAUCUUUUCUAGGCAUCAUUCUGUGUGAAAUAAUGCCCUUUUAAAAUGUCUGAAACAAUGUAUUUCAAUGUACUUUUCCCAGAGAAAAUUCAAUACUGUCGCUAUUCGGUUACAAACCAAGGUUCAUGAACAGUGUAGCAAACUGAAGAAAAACGCAUUGGUUUAAACAAUAAAAUAUUUGAUUUUAAGGGUAGGGUUGCUGAAUAUCCUUUCAUCUUCAAUGUGCUUUCUCCUUAAAGGGAGCAGACAGAAUUGGCUACCCGGUGGUGAUCAAAGCCUCAGAAGGGGGAGGGGGCAAGGGCAUCCGGAAGGUGGACAAUGCUGAGGACUUUGCCAGCUUCUUUAGACAGGUUUGUCUUGUCGCAUUGUGUACACACACACACACACACACACACACACACACACCUGAAUGCUGAUUCUCAUUGCUGCUGGGGGAUGUAGACCACAAUCAGGAAAUGAAUUGUACAAAUUGGUGUUGUCUUCGACAAUGUUUAACACAGCAUAUCUGCUUGUGUAUGUGGUUGAACUUGUUUUAGUAAAUUAUCUAACAAAAAUCAAUCGAUGGAUCCCCAUCGACUGUGUGAUAACGCUCUCGGUAGCCGAUGUGAGCAAGACCUUUAAACAGGUCAACAUUCACAAAGCCGCGGGGCCAGACGGAUUACCAGGACGUGUACUCAAAGCAGGGGCAGACCAACUGGCAAGUGUCUUCACUGACAUUUUCAAACUCUCCCUGACCGAGUCUGUCAUACCUACAUGUUUCAAGCAGACCUAAAUGAUUGCCACCCCGUAGCACUCACGUCGGUAGCCAUUAAGUGCUUUGAAAGGCUGGUCAUGGCUCACAUCAACAGCAUCAUCCCGGAUACCCUAGACCCACUCCAAUUCGCAUAUCGCCCCAACAGAUCCACAGAUGACACAAUCUCAAUCGCACUCCACACUGCCCUUUCCCACCUGGACAAAAGGAACACCUACGUGAGAAUACUAUUCAUUGACUACAGCUCAGCGUUCAACACCAUAGUGCCCACAAAGCUCAUCACUAAUCUAAGGACCCUAGGAUUAAACACCUCCCUCUGCAACUGGAUCCUGGACUUCCUGACGGGCCGCCCCCAGGUGGUAAGGGUAGGCAACCAUACGUCUGCCACGCUGAUCCUCAAUCCUGGGGCCCAUCAGGGGUGCUUGCUUAGUCCCCUCCUGUACUCCCUGUUCACCCACGACUGCGUGGCCAAACACGACUCCAACACCAUCAUUAAGUUUGCUGACGACACAACAGUGGUAGGCCUGAUCAACGACAAUGACGAGACAGCCUAUAGGGAGGAGGUCCGAGACCUGGCAGUGUGGUGCCAGGACAACAACCUCUCCCUCAAUGUGAGCAAGACAAAGGAGCUGAUCGUGGACUACAGGAAAAGGCGGGCCGAACAGGCCCCCAUUAACAUCGACGGGGCUGUAGUGGAGCGGGUUGAGAGUUUCAAGUUCCUUGGUGUCAACAUCACCAACAAACUAUCAUGGUCCAAACACACCAAGACAGUCGUGAAGAGGGCACAACAACACCUUUUCCCCGUCAGGAGACUGAAAUGAUUUGGCAUGGGUCCCCAGAUCCUCAAAAAGUUAUACAGCUGCACCAUCAAGAGCAUCCUGACCGGUUGCAUCACCACCUGGUAUGGCAACUGCUCGGCAUCUGACCGUAAGGCGCUACAGAGGGUAGUGCGUACGGCCCAGUACAUCACUGGGUCCAAGCUUCCUACCAUCCAGGACCUCUAUACUAGGCUGUGUCAGAGGAAAGGCCAAAAAAUUGUCAAAGACUCCAGUCACCCAAGUCAUAGACUGUUCUCUCUGCUACCGCACGGCAAGCGGUACCGGAGCGCUAAGUCUAGGUCCAAAAGGCUCCUUAACAGCUUCUACCCCCAAGCCAUAAGACUGCUGAACAAUUAAUCAAAUGGCGACCUGGACUAUUUACACUGCUGCUACCCGCUGUCUAUUAUCUAUACAUAGUCACUUUACCCCUACCUACAUGUACAAAUUACCUCGACUAACCUGUACCCCUGCACAUUGACUCGGUACCGGUACCCCCUGUAUAUAGCCUCGUUAUUGUGUUACUUUCUAUUAUUUUUUUACUUUAGUUUAUUUGGUAAAUAUUUUCUUAACUCUUUCUUGAACUGCAUUGUUGGUUAAGGGCUUGUUGGUAAGCAUUUCACAGUAAUGUCUACACCUGUUGUAUUCGGCACAUGUGACAAAAGUUUGAUUUGAUUUUAUCCACAGGUGCAGGCAGAGGUGCCUGGCUCGCCCAUCUUCGUCAUGCAGCUGGCCCAGCAUGCCCGUCACCUGGAGGUCCAGAUCCUCGCCGACCAGUACGGCAACGCCAUCUCCCUGUUUGGCAGAGACUGCUCCAUCCAGCGGAGACACCAGAAGAUCAUCGAGGAGGCCCCGGCCACCAUAGCAUCUUCCACCACCUUUGAGCAAAUGGAGCAGGUGAGACACAGAGGGGCUUUCCCUCGUCUUUAUGUUCUCCAUUUUAAUGUCAAUUCUCCACUUUGACAUUUAGAUACUGGUCUCUUAGCCAUUUCCAAUUCAAUAUUCCAUUUGAACAGUAAAAAUGUUAGGGCAUGCAACGGAAAAUGUUUCACAAUGGAAUGCCCAUCCCUGUUUCAGUCUGUUUUCUUUCGUUUGGUGCCUAAUGAACAUGAGCCCUCACCCCCUCCCCUAUGUCAGUAUGCAGUGCGGCUGGCUAAGAUGGUGGGAUACGUGAGUGCAGGCACUGUGGAGUACCUCUUCUCUGAGGACGGGAGCUUCCACUUCCUGGAGCUCAACCCCCGUCUGCAGGUGGAACACCCAUGCACAGAGAUGAUCGGGGAUGUCAACCUCCCCGCCGCCCAGCUCCAGGUACGCUUCAGCCAGAGGUCAGGGGUCACACCCUAGCUAUCACAGCCUUGUGGUUUAAUCUCUGGUCCUUUGACUUAGUCAAUGGUCGCAUUCCAGGUCAUAUUUUCCGCAGUCUCAGUACAAUUGCUAUGUCAUAUUAAUGUGGUUGUUGAGAUGUUAUGUUCUGGAAGCCCGAGGGACUGAUUGGGGAUAGACCAUGUUGGGCCUAACUGGGUCAGUUUCCUUUGUUGUAGAUAGCCAUGGGGAUCCCCCUCCACAGGAUCAAAGACAUCCGCGUGCUGUAUGGAGAGACCCCUUGGGGGGACACCACCAUCAACUUUGAGGCCCCCGACUGUGUCCCCAGUCCCCGGGGACACGUCAUCGCGGCCCGCAUCACCAGCGAGAACCCAGACGAGGUGUGCAUUCUUAAUUCUACCGGGCUUGCCCGCCAUAUUCUAAACAAGCGAUGGCAUGGGUUCUGUAGGCUCACAACUGGCCCGUCCCCUCUCCUUGUCACUCGCAGGGCUUCAAGCCCAGCUCGGGCACAGUGCAGGAGCUCAAUUUCCGCAGCAGUAAAAACGUGUGGGGCUACUUCAGCGUGGCGGCUGCCGGGGGUCUGCAUGAGUUUGCCGACUCCCAGUUCGGCCACUGUUUCUCCUGGGGGGAGAACCGAGAGGAGGCCAUUUCGUGAGUUCUUCCUUACCUUGUUGUGCCUUAGACUAGACUAUCAGGGCUUCUGAUGAUGGUUCUAUCGACCCCCUAGCCCCUACUUCCUAACCACUCCUGUAGGCCUGAGAGGAUUGGAUAGGUGGAAGCAAACAUUUCCACCCGGCCAAUCAGAAGGCAAGGUGAAGCUAUUAUCAUAAGACUUUUCCAAUCCUCAGAUCUACAGGAGCGACUAGGGUGUAUGGGUUAGGCCCGGUUCCAUUUGGAAUGCAGCAUGAGUUAAUGGUGUGUGUUAGUGUCUUACUGUACCUGGGUGGUGGUUACUGUGUGGUGGUGCAGGAACAUGGUGGUGGCCAUGAAGGAGUUGUGUAUUCGGGGGGACUUCAGGACCACGGUGGAGUACCUCAUCAAGCUGCUGGAGACGGAGAGCUUCAGGAACAAUGACAUCGACACCGGCUGGCUGGAUAAUCUCAUCGCUGAUAAAGUUCAGGUAGAGCACCCUUGUGAAGUAUGAAUGUAAAUCUUAACCAUUUCAAUCCUGUAAAUCUACAGUUGGUAAAAACAAAUCUCCAACGUGUGUGGUGUGUUCUCCCCGAAGGCAGAGAGGCCAGAUACCUUGCUGGGCGUUGUCUGUGGGUCGUUACAAGUGGCGGACGCCAGCUUCAGGAAGAGCAUGUCUGACUUCCUGCACUCACUGGAAAGGUAUCACUACUAUAGCCCAAUUCACAUUCUCACUCCUUCUCCCUGAAGUGUGUAAUCAUUUCUUCCCCCUCAUGGCUGAAAAAGUAUUGGAUUGGUGUAUAGUUUAAAAAUUUAAGUAUUUAUAUCUAGAUUUGUUUUAGGGGGUAGAUCAGCUUUAAUAUUGCAGACAGAUUGUGGCUUCCAUCAAUGUAAUUGUCUGCAUAAUUUCCAAUUCCCCAUAUAUUUUUUGGUAAAGAUAUACAGUACCAGUCAAAAGUUUGGACACAUCUACAUUGUAGACUAAUAGUGAAGACAUAAAAACUAUGAAAUAGCACAUAUGGAAUCAUGUAGUAACCAAAAAAUUUUUAAACAAAUCAAAAUAUAUGUUAUAUUUGAGAUUCUUCAAAGUAGCCACCCUUUUGCCUUGAUGACAGCUUUGCACACGCUUGGCAUUCUCUUAACCAGCUUCAUGAAGUAGUCACCUGGAAUGCAUUUCAAUUAACAAGUGUGCCUUGUUAACCUCUACGGGAUCGGUGUCCCGUAUGCGGGAUGGUUGAGCUAACGUGUGCUAAGUGACUGUUCUAAGUAACAGCAAACUUUCCAGGACAUAGACAUGUCUUAUAUGGGCAGAAAGCUUACAUUCUUGUUAAUCUAACUGCACUGUCCAAUUUACAGUAACUAUUACAGUGAAAAAAUACCAUGCUAUUGUUUUGAGGAGAGUGCACAACAACAAAAAACGUAUCAUGGCAACUGAUUUGAUACAUUCACCUCUGAAGGUAAAUAAUGUACUUACAUUCAGUAAUCUUGCUCUGAUUUGUCAUCCUAAGGGUUCCAGAGAUAAAAUGUAGCAUAGCUUUGUUUGAUAAAAUCAAUUUUUAUAUUCAGAUGUAGGAACUGGGUUCUACAGUUUGAACCCCUGCUGUCUCUGGCUCCACACCCACCGCGCCCGGCCAUCUAGAUGUGUGAAAGUUAGUGUAUAAGCUAAUGAUCCAUCAUGUAUGACAUUCUUGGGAGUGUGUAAACUUACAUUUUGUAUUACCAUAUCAUUUUUGUAUGUUCUCUAUAGUUAUGUACUUGAAAAUGUAUAAAUUGACCAAUUCGGCACAUUUGGGCAGACUUGAUACAAAAUAGUCCAGUAUUGCAAUGCUUCACUGGAUCAAUCUGAAACUUUGCACACACGCUGCUGCCAUCUAGUGGCCAAAAUCUAAAUUGCGCCUACACUGCAAUAUUAUAUUGUGGCCUUUCUCUUGCAUUUCAAAGAUGAUGGAACAAGAAAACAAAAAAUGCAUGUUAUUUGGUUUGUAUUAUCUUUAACCAGAUCUAAUGUGUUAUAUUCUACAUUAAUUUAACAUUUCCACAAACUUCAAAGUGUUUCCUUUCAAAUGGUAUCAAGAAUAUGCAUUUGCUUGCUUCAGGUCCUGAGCUACAGGCAGUUAGAUUUGGGUAUGUCAUUUUAGGUGAAAAAAAAAAAAAAAAAAAGGUCAGAUCCUUAAGAGGUUAAAAGUUAAUUUGUGGAAUUUAUUUCCUUCUUAAUGUGUUUGAGCCAAUCGGUUGUGUUGUGACAAGGUAGGGGUGGUAUACAGAAGAUAGCCCUAUUUGGUAUAAGACCAAGUCCAUAUUAUGGCAAGAACAGCUCAAAAAAUGAAAGAGAAACGACAGUCCAUCAUUACUUUAAGACAUAAAGGUCAGUCAAUCCGGAAAAUUUCAAGAACUUUGAACGUUUCUUCAAGUGCAGUUGCAAAAACCAUCAAGCGCUAUGAUGAAACUGGCUCUCAUGAGGACCGCCACAGGAAAGGAAGACCCAGAAUUACCUCUGCUGCAGAGGAUAAGUUCAGUAGAGUUAAACUGCACCUCAGAUUGCAGCCCAAAUAAAUGCUUCACAGAGUUCAAGUAACAGACACAUCUCAACAUCAACUGUUCAGAGGGGACUGCGUGAAUCAGGCCUUCAUGGUCGAAUUGCUGCAAAGAAACCACUACUAAAGGACACCAAUAAGAUGAUGAUACUUGCUUGGGCCAAGACACACGUGCAAUGGACAUUAGACCGGUGGAAAUCUGUCCUUUGGUCUGAAGAGUCUAAAUUUGAGAUUUUUGGUUCCAACCGCCAUGUCUUUGUGAGACGCAGACUAGGUGAACGGAUCAUCUCCGCAUGUGUGGGUCCCACCGUGAAGCAUGGAGGAGGAGGUGUGAUGGUGUGGGGGUGCUUUCCUGGGACACUGUCUGUGAUUUUAUUUAGAAUUCAAGGCACACUUAACCAGCAUGGCUACCACAGCAUUCUGCAGCGAUACGCUAUUCCCAUCUGGUUUGCGCUUAGUGGGACUAUCAAUUGUUUUUCAACAGGACAAUGACCCAACACACCUCCGAGUGAUGGAGUGCUGCAUCAGAUGACCUGGCCUCCACAAUCACCCAACCUCAACCUAAUUGAGAUGGUUUGGGAUGACUUGGACCGCAGAGUGAAGGAAAAGCAGCCAACAAGUGCUCAGUAUAUGUGGGAACUCCUUCAAGACUGUUGGAAAAGCGUUCCUCAUGAAGCUGGUUGAGAGAAUGCCAGGUGUGCAAUGCUGUCAAGGCAAAGGGUGAUUUGUUUAACACUUUUUUUUGGUGACUACAUGAUUCCAUGUGUGUUAUUUCAUAGUUUUGAUAUCUUCACUAUUAUUCUACAAUGUAUAAAAUAGGUGUGUCCAAACCUUUAACUGGUAUUGUAUAGACAUUUUUUACAGUGGGGAGAACAAGUAUUUGAUACACUGCCGAUUUUGCAGGUUUUUCCUACUUACAAAGCAUGUAGAGGUCUGUAAUUUUUAUCAUAGGUACACUUCAACUGUGAGACGGAAUCUAAAACAAAAAUCCAGAAAAUCACAUUGUAUGAUUUUUAAGUAAUUAAUUUGCAUUUUAUUGCAUGACAUAAGUAUUUGAUACAUCAGAAAAGCAGAACUUAAUAUUUGGCACAGAAACCUUUGUUUGCAAUUACAGAGAUCAUACAUUUCCUGUAGGUAUUGACCAGGUUUGCACACACUGCAGCAGGGAUUUUGGCCCAUUCCUCCAUACAGACCUUCUCCAGAUCCUUCAGGUUUCGGGGCUGUCGCUGGGCAAUACGGACUUUCAGCUCCCUCCAAAGAUUUUCUAUUGGGUUCAGGUCUGGAGACUGGCUAUGGCCACUCCAGGACCUUGAGAUGCUUCUUACGGAGCCACUCCUUAGUUGCCCUGGCUGUGUGUUUCGGGACGUUGUCAUGCUGGAAGACCCAGCCACGACCCAUCUUCAAUGCUCUUACUGAGGGAAGGAGGUUGUUGGCCAAGAUCUCGCAAUACAUGGCCCCAUCCAUCCUCCCCUCAAUACGGUGCAGUCGUCCUGUCCCCUUUUCAGAAAAGCAUCCCCAAAGAAUGAUGUUUCCUCCUCCAUGCUUCACAGUUGGGAUGGUGUUCUUGGGGUUGUACUCAUCCUUCUUCUUCCUCCAAACACGGCGAGUGGAGUUUAGACCAAAAAGCUAUAUUUUUGUCUCAUCAGACCACAUGACCUUCUCCCAUUCCUCCUCUGGAUCAUCCAGAUGGUCAUUGGCAAACUUCAGAUGGGCCUGGACAUGCGCUGGCUUGAGCAGGGGGACCUUGCGUGUGCUGCAGGAUUUUAAUCCAUGACGGCGUAGUGUGUUACUAAUGGUUUUCUUUGAGACUGUGGUCCCAGCUCUCUUCAGGUCAUUGCUCAGGUCCUGCCGUGUAGUUCUGGGCUGAUCCCUCACCUUCCUCAUGAUCAUUGAUGCCCCACGAGGUGAGAUCUUGCAUGGAGCCCCAGACCGAGGGUGAUUGACCGUCAUCUUGAACUUCUUCCAUUUUCUAAUAAUUGCGCCAACAGUUGUUGCCUUCUCACCAAGCUGCUUGCCUAUUGUCCUGUAGCCCAUCCCAGCCUUGUGCAGGUCUACAAUUUUAUCCCUGAUGUCCUUACACAGCUCUCUGGUCUUGGCCAUUGUGGAGAGGUUGGAGUCUGUUUUAUUGAGAGUGGACAGGUGUCUUUUAUACAGGUAAUAAGUUUCAACAGGUGCAGUUAAUACAGGUAAUGAGUGGAGAACAGGAGGGCUUCUUAAAGAAAAACUAACAGGUCUGUGAGAGCUGGAAUUCUUACUGGUUGGUAGGUGAUCAAAUACUUAUGUCAUGCAAUAAAAUGCAAAUUAAUUACUUAAAAAUCAUACAAUGUGAUUUUCUGGAUUUUUGUUUUAGAUUCCGUCUCUCACAGUUAGUGUACCUAUGAUAAAAAUUACAGACCUCUCUACAUGCUUUGUAAGUAGGAAAACCUGCAAAAUCGGCAGUGUAUCAAAUACUUGUUCUCCCCACUGUAUAUAUUUUAAAAUAUAUUUUCCUUUUAUUAUUUUCCGCUAACCCUACCACGUCUCCCCUAAUUGGAGUAAACUAAUGGACAACAACACUUAGGCUUCUACUUCCAGUUUAUACGUACUGUAUACAUUUUAUGGACAGUAUAUUUUACAAUAGUUAUCUUUUGUUUUUAGUCCCAUCCUUCAGCUAGUUAGAUCGAGUGUCUAUCUACCAUAUUUCUUACACCAAUCCAAUGCUUUUAAAUCCUUUGGGUGGACACCGGUACGAAGCAAGAGAAUCUCAAUGUCUCCCUAGCCUGUCUUAUUACUGUAAUGCUUGUUCUAUGUACACUUUUCUAAAUCCAGUAUGUGAAAUGUCCUCCUGUAGAGGCCAGGUGCUGCCUGCAGCCAGUCUGCUGAAUACUGUUGAUGUGGACCUGAUCUACGAGGGGGUCAAAUACUGCCUCAAGGUAGGAGGACCUCAUUACACCUCUCUCAUUCUCUGUCAUGGCUGAACUUCCUCAUUCUCUCAGGGACGAAUCCUAACCAGUCAAAGUCAAAUUUUCACUUAGUCUCCCAUUGACAUCAAUGCAUGACUAAGUGAACAUUUUGUUUUAAGAGGAAGUUAGGAUCCGCCCCUCAGACCUAUCAACCAAUUCAACUCCAACUGUGUUUUAUGACUGACAGGUAGCUCGCCAGUCCCCCACCACGUAUGUCAUCAUCAUGAAUGGCUCGGACAUCGAGAUCGACGUCCACCGGCUGAGCGACGGCGGGCUCCUGCUCUCCUACAACGGCAGCUGCUACACCACCUACAUGAAGGAGGAAGUGGACAGGUGGGACUUCCUGUCCAACUCAAAUCUGAAUGGAUGGAUGGACGGGCCAUUAAGUCAAUACUUUGGGAGUUGAUGCUCCAUCAUAAACGUAUGCACUUGUAACCCUCUAGCUACCGGAUCACUGUUGGCAACAAGACGUGUGUGUUUGAGAAGGAGAAGGACCCCACUGUGCUGAGGUCGCCCUCUGCUGGUAAACUCCUGCAGUACCUGGUGGAUGAUGGAGGCCAUAUCUGUGCAGGGAACCCGUAUGCAGAGAUCGAGGUGAGCAGAGGAUUCCAUGAGAACAUACUGUAUGGUUACAAGUUUGGAUAUGACAAUUAUAUCCUCAUUAGAUUGGUAGUCAGUCUUUGUGUGUGUGCGCACACGGACUGACUUCUGCAUUAUGGUUGCAGGUGAUGAAGAUGGUGAUGACGCUGACGGUGGUGGAGUCAGGCUGUGUCCAGUAUGUAAAGAGGCAUGGGGCGGUGCUGGAGACUGGCUGUGUGGUGGCAAGAUUGGACCUGGAUGACCCCAGCAGCAUCCAUCCAGCAAGUCACCCCUUCACUAACUUCUAUACAACUCUGGCUGUGUCUGAAAUGGCACCCUAUCCCCUAUAUACUGCACAUGGCCUAUAUAGGGAAUAGGGUGCCAUUUCAGACUCAGCCUUUAAUACAGCUAUUAUAGUAGGCAGCCUUUCAUGAAAUAUCACAUAAUACAAUACAAAUCACAUAGUACAAAAAAUUAUGCUAUACGUUUAAAACAUACAUCAUGUAAAUCACACGCCUUCAGUCAGUCAAUAGCAGGGACCCUAUGACUUGGUGGUCAGUUCCACAUUUGGAGGCUGUUUUUAUCUGAACCCCGUCUUCCUGUGGAUCUCCUAGGUGGAGCUGAACACGGCCUCCUUCCCGGCCCAGCAGCCGCUGCCUAUCGUGGGGGAGAAGCUCCACCAGGUCUUCCACAUGGUCCUGGAGAACCUGGUCAAGGUCAUGGCUGGCUACUGCCUCACCGAGCCCUACUUCAGCAACAAGGUGAGGGCCUCCACCAACUGCAGCUGUGCAGCAUGUACCAAUACAGGGGCAUACGGUGUUAUUCCAGUUUGUCAUUAUUAGCAGAUGAUCAGAUCUCACAACACCCCAAAGAAGUGCAUUAACUUCUCUGGAACCACGUCAAUCAAGUUGGAACGCGGGCAAUAGAAUGGCAUGCCUUGUGGACACUGUAGAAUAGGGAUGUUGGUCGAGCUGUGGGAUGGGGGUGUGAUAUUGGGGUGUGUGAUGGCAGUAUGUCCCCCUCCCCCUGCAGGUGAAGCAGUGGGUGGGCACCCUGAUGAAGACCCUGCGGGACCCCUCGCUGCCCCUGCUGGAGCUCCAGGAGUUAAUGACCAGCGUGGCCAGCCGCAUACCGCCCAGCGUGGAGAAGGCCAUCCGCAAGGUCAUGGCCCAGUACGCCAGCAACAUCACCUCGGUGCUCUGCCAGUUCCCCAGCCAGAGGGUGAGUGACUUAGCCUUAAGCUAAAGCAAACGCUCAAAGUAUUUGAAACAUUUCUAAUAGUGGGUAUUUGAACCAGGGGUUGGAACCGGUUCAGGGAACAGAACAGAAAACUGGAAAAUAACAAUCAUUUUUAAGGAACGGAAACAGAACCGGGAACGAAAGUGAUCUCUAGUUUUGCGGAACAGAAUCAUUAUUUUAAAAGCAUGGUUACCGGUUAAUAACGUUAUUUUACGUUCCGAGCAUUUUUUUUCAGUCUCACAAAUAACGCCAGCAAAGCACUCACUCUGUCACUCAGAAACGUUUCCUUCCAGUGUCUGCCUGCCAGCUAGUUAUCGAGGAUAGUUAAGGAUACGAUAGUUAUCACGUUUCACAUUGGAUUUAUUAACUACAAAAAGGUAAGAUGGGUUUCGAUUUCUUGUGCCGCUGUGCACACAAGCUUGUUAGCUAGCUCUGAUCCAUGGUGUUGAGCUAGCCUCUGCAUUGAGCCAACUCUAGCCGCUAUUAGCCGCUACUAUAUAGGAAUCUAGCUAGUAUAUAGAUAAUUAUGUAAUUCAGUGAAGUAAUGAUAGGCCUACUUCUAAUAGCCUAAACACAUUAUAAUGCAAAUCAUAUCAUGAUGCCCAGUGCUUCAAGCCAAGCCUCCUCCAUGUCCGCCCAUCUCUUUCGCUCUCUCCCCACCCCGCAGAAUUUCAGUCGUAUCUAACGCUCUACACUUGUCUGUGAGUCAAGCAUGUAAACAACUAGCUUGCCCAGUCCAUAGAAAGCUGCUCUAUCUUCACUGAUUGGUGGAGGAAUUGAAUGUGCUAUAUGUAAAAACGAUAUAAACCGGUACCCUUUUUUUCCAGUUCAGAACUUUAUUAGGCUGGUCGGAACAGUGGAACAGAACAACAAAAAAUAGUUGUUCUGUUCAGAACGAAACGAUUGGAAAAUAAUUUUGGUUCCAACCCCUGAUUUGAACCCAGGUCUGGUCUACAGUAGACCUGGUGAAUUGGUUUCCCAUCCAUUUCAGAUUGCCUGUAUCUUGGACAGCCACGCUGCCACCCUACAGAGGAAGGCCGACCGGGAAGUGUUCUUCAUGAACACUCAGAGUAUCGUCCAGCUGGUGCAGAGGUCACACUUCUCUUAUUUCAUCAUCUAAAUCAUCACUCCAUAACAUACACGACUUAAGAUAUGAUGUUUGAUUGGAUUGUAAUAGUGGGUGGAUGAAUUUGCUGCAGGUACCGCAGUGGAAUCCGAGGAUACAUGAAGUCUGUGGUGCUGGAUCUGCUCAAGUGUUACCUUCAGGUGGAGAUGCAGUUCCAGCAAGGUGAUUGGUGUUUCACUGUGGAUACAAUCGAGACAAUAUCCUGCUGUUUGAGUUAUUUUCUAUUGCGGUGAUGCGUUGUAUGACCACAUUUUUCCUUUUGUGAACAGCUCACUACGACAAGUGUGUGAUCAACCUGAGGGAGCAGUACAAGCCUGACAUGACCCCUGUGCUAGAGAGCAUCUUUUCUCACGCCCAGGUCUCCAAGAAGAACGUCCUGGUCACUAUACUCAUCGUAAGGCUAAUCUCUCUGUCACUCAACUAAACACCCACAGCUUCGCAUCCACUUUGAUGAAGAACAAUGAAAUGAAGCUUAAACAUAAAUUCAAUAUAAAGGAAACUGCAUUGUGCUAAUGUUUAUGCUAUUUUGGAGGGGUCAACCAACGCAACCUGCAAGCUGUUUCUCUCAUUGACUUUGUCACUGGAUAAUGAAACCACACUGUCUUUUAAGAUGGUGUAAUGUUUUCAGUGAAAAACACAUUGCAGUUUUCCGUAAUCUGCAAUUGAUUGUGAUGGGGACAUGUUUCAAGUCUCACCAAUGCUGAUACGGAGUGUGCUGUGUGUCCCUGGUGAUGUUUAGGAUCAGCUGUGUGGGCGGGACCCCACCCUAGCAGACGAGCUGAUGGUCAUCCUGAACGAGCUCACACAGCUCAACAAGAUGGAGAACUCCAAGGUGGCCCUGCGUGCCAGACAGGUACGUUUCGCAACCAUAUGUACUGAAUGAUGUUUUCCCACAACGGAGUGUACCGUUCUUCAACAUUCUAAGACCCCCAGUUAGUCUGGUAAGACCCCCACUCAGGUAAGAUGAUAUAUGUUAUUCACUUAGAUAGGCACUACAUAUUGUAGUUUAGUAGCUUCAAAACAACAUACUGUUUAUUGAUGGACAAGUGUGUAUUUUGCAGGUUUUGAUUGCUUCCCACCUGCCCUCUUAUGAACUGAGGCACAACCAGGUGGAGUCCAUCUUUCUGUCUGCCAUUGACAUGUAUGGACACCAGUUCUGCCCAGAGAACCUGAAGGUGAGCAUAAUCUUUCCCACGAUUUAUCCAAAACAGCUACAGUGAGGGGAAAAAAGUAUUUGAUCCCCUGCUGAUUUUGUACGUUUGCCCACUGACAAAGAAAUGAUCAGUCUAUAAUUUUAAUGGUAGGUUUAUUUGAACAGUGAGAGACAGAAUAACAACAAAACAAUCCAGAAAAACGCAUGUCAAAAAUGUUAUAAAUUGAUUUGCAUUUUAAUGAGGGAAAUAAGUAUUUGACCCCUCUGCAAAACAUGACUUAGUACUUGGUGGCAAAACCCUUGUUGGCAAUCACAGAGGUCAGACGUUUCUUGUAGUUGGCCACCAGGUUUGCACACAUCUCAGGAGGGAUUUUGUCCCACUCCUCUUUGCAGAUCUUCUCCAAGUCAUUAAGGUUUCGAGGCUGACGUUUGGCAACUCGAACCUUUAGCUCCCUCCACAGAUUUUCUAUGGGAUUAAGGUCUGGAGACUGGCUAGGCCACUCCAGGACCUUAAUGUGCUUCUUCUUGAGCCACUCCUUUGUUGCCUUGGCCGUGUGUUUUGGGUCAUUGUCAUGCUGGAAUACCCAUCCACGACCCAUUUUCAAUGCCAUGGCUGAGGGAAGGAGGUUCUCAACCAAGAUUUGACGGUACAUGGCCCCGUCCAUCGUCCCUUUGAUGCGGUGAAGUUGCCCUGUCCCCUUAGCAGAAAAACACCCCCAAAGCAUAAUGUUUCCACCUCCAUGUUUGAUGGUGGGGAUGGUGUUCUUGGGGUCAUAGGCAGCAUUCCUCCUCCUCCAAACACAGCGAGUUGAAUUGAUGCCAAAGAGCUCAAUUUUGGUCUCAUCUGACGACAACACUUUCACACAGUUCUCCUCUGAAUCAUUCAGAUGUUCAUUGGUGAACUUCAGACGGGCAUGUAUAUGUGCUUUCUUGAGCAGGGGGACCUUGCGGGCGCUGCAGGAUUUCAGUCCUUCACGGCGUAGUGUGUUACCAAUUGUUUUCUUGGUGACUAUGGUCCCAGCUGCCUUGAGAUCAUUGACAAGAUCCUCCCGUGUAGUUCUGGGCUGAUUCCUCACCGUUCUCAUGAUCAUUGCAACUCCACGAGGUGAGAUCUUGCAUGGAGCCCUAGGCCGAGGGAGAUUGACAGUUAUUUUGUGUUUCUUCCAUUUGCGAAUAAUUGCACCAACUGUUGUCACCUUCUCACCAAGCUGCUUGGCGAUGGUCUUGUAGCCCAUUCCAGCCUUGUGUAGGUCUACAAUCUUGUCCCUGACAUCCUUGGAGAGCUCUUUGGUCUUGGCCAUGGUGGUGAGUUUGGAAUCUGAUUGAUUGAUUGCUUCUGUGGACAGGUGUCUUUUAUACAGGUAACAAACUGAGAUUAGGAGCACUCCCUUUAAGAGUGUGCUCCUAAUCUCAGCUCGUUACCUGUAUAAAAGACACCUGGGAGCCAGAAAUCUUUCUGAUUGAGAGGGGGUCAAAUACUAAUUUCCCUCAUUAAAAUGCAAAUCAAUUUAUAACAUUUUUGACAUGGGUUUUUUCUGGAUUUUUUGUUGUUAUUCUGUCUCUCACUGUUCAAAUAAACCUACCAUUAAAAUUAUAGACUGACCAUUUCUUUGUCACUGGGCAAACGUACAAAAUCAGCAGGGGAUCAACAUUUUUUUUCCCCUCACUGUAUUUUUGUUAUACUUCCAUAAGAUCUGAAGGAUAAUAUUGCUUUACUCCUCGGCAGAAACUCAUCCUGUCUGAGACCUCCAUCUUUGAUGUCUUGCCCAAUUUCUUCUACCACUCCAACCGGGUGGUGUGCAUGGCUGCCUUGGAGGUGAGCAUAGUGAAUAGCAUAAACUUGACAUGGCGUCAUCCUGAUGUAGAUUUUAGCUAAAAAACUCCCUUCCCUAUAGGUGUACGUGCGAAGGGGCUACAUUGCUUACGAGCUGAACAGCCUCCAGCAUCACCAGUUGCAGGACGGGACGUGUGCUGUAGACUUCCAGUUCAUGUUGCCCUCGUCCCACCCCAACAGGUACCCAGCCACCGCAGACACCAGUUCUCUACCAGUGUCACAAAGCAGCUCUACAACAAACAUAUACACUACCCUAUAAUGUCCCAACUCUGGAGUUCAGAUUAUUUAGAGCGUUGCCACUUUCAAUACAAGGCUUCCAUAGCUGCCAGUUACAAGUCUUCCAAUGCUGCCAACUAUCCCCUUAUGCCAAAAAGUGACCUGUAAAAAGUCUGAGUUGAGAUAGAAGGAACAUGGUGGGUGCAAUUUGUAAUAGACUGAGGGAUUAGAAAACAGACCGGAAAGACGGUUAGUUUACAACCUAAAGUUACAACUGUGCCAUUAUGAUAACUCAUUCAUUCAAAUAAAGUUGGUUAUACAUUGUUAGCUAAUUUACUUUUCACCACAUAAGGAUUUGAAUUAUGCUCAAGCAAUGUGAAUGGAAAUAUUUUGUAUAUUUGUUAGUGAAUGAGCCAAUGGAGUUGUAUUUUUUUUUUUUUAAAUGUUACGUCUUAAUACCAUUUCUCUGCAGUCCAAUAUUCCUCUGGUUCUCAUUGAUUUGCUCCUGUUUCCCAUUUCUCCCCAUCAACAAGCGAGAGAUUCACCCGAGUGAUUCACUCAGCUCGAACCAACACGUAAUCCACUCUACUCUACAUGCUCAGCAUCUCUGAGAUCAUGUUGUUCAGUCUCUAUACUGAGAGCGCUAAUAGGGCCUGUAAACCCUGGUCAUGGUACAGUCUGUGUGCUGCUUCCUUUUGUGCAGAGCGGUAGACCAUCUCUGUCCUUCCUGACACCCCAUAACCCUCUCCCCUUUGGGACAAGCCCUUCAAUGUAAUCAUUUCCCCACUGCCAUUUUGGGGCAAACCGUCAGACAGAAGUAAACUAUUGGGAUUGACUCCCAAGAUGCCAAAGCUCCAAUUCCACAAACCAGGAAACUGACUUCUGUUUUGGUUUUUACAUUUUCUUAAAGAUUGUUUUUUAAAAGAGAUUUUCACAGUUGCGAAAAUUCAAUUCACUGAAAGGCUUGACUUUCAGCUUUCCCCUCGGCUCUGUCCUGUUUUGUUAGAAGUCAGGUUUCGUAAUUGCAACUUGAUAAAUCACAAUGGAUCUCAAUCACACCCAGUAGUUAAAAUAAAAUUACCCAUUUGCUACUUUCAACUUUUUAACUUCAGAAUGAUUUUUCAUGGUAAUUAUUAAUGUGUGCAAAGCUAGAGUAUGUCAUAAAGUGCUUUGUUAACUAAUAAGAAUGCAUUGUGGUCGAGGUUGAUCAUCCACUGCUUACAUUCACCUGUCAAUGAUCUGAUUUCAGAGGGAGCAGCCCUACUCUGAACAGGUAGAGUACAGCUCCUCCUUCCAGGCAGCCUGCCACACUGUGUCUGGCUCCGUCUGUGUAUGUCUCCUAGCAAUGCAUGGCUGAAUGCACUGUUUUGCUUUUCCCCAUCUUUUUUGAAAACCAUAAACCUCUGCUGAGGGACUCCAACACGUCCUUCCUAAUUUAUAUAUCUUUUUUUUAUUUUUUUUGCCUUUCUCAACUUUCAUAGAGAUAAGUAGCUUUUGAGAAGCACAUUUACUUUGUCUGACCUACUGUUUGCAAUGUGCGUUUUAAAACCUUUUUUUGUGACAAAAAGCGGAUUCUGUAUUCUUCAGUUGCAGAUUUGACCCUCAUAGGCCACUAUAGUAAUCUGCCCUGCCUCUUUCAAUCAAUCAUAAUCAGUUAUACACAAUCAGUCAGUCAGUUCAUAUCAAACGUAUUAUCAAACAAAACAUGUCUAGUAAACAAAGAUAUUGCUGUCUCUUAUGCUUUGUGGAAAGAAAACAGGUACAGUAUGCUAUACCAUUGCUCCCAGUACCCACCUCAACCCUACCCAGGAGUCACCAGUGUGUCGUCCCUUCCCUCAGGUUGGCGAUGCAGGUGAACAGUGUGGGACAGUUUGAGAUGAGGCGGCAGGGUAGCGAACUCUUCCUAGAUGGGGCGCUCUCUCCCCCCUGUCAGCGCAUGGGGGCCAUGGUGGCCUUCCAGUGUUUCGAAGACUUCAAAAGGUAAAAAACACAGAGAACAACUCUUGGAUGUCUGGUUUGCAUGGUAAUAUAGGGUAAUAAUAAGCCUUGUCCUGACCUGAGGCCAGUUCAACAAGGCUUCUGUUUGCAGUGAACUUGUUGCCAGAAUGACAAUUUCAGUUGAACGAUUUGAAUAAACAUUCCAAAAUGUUAUGGUGGAACAUCAAACAGCUACUUUCUGGAAGGAUUACUGUGGCUUUCUAGCGACAAUAUUCAAAUUGAAAACGACUUAGCUAUUCCUACUAAAUAUACUAGAAUGUCUACAUGGCCACCUGAUUAUUUUUAGCGGCAGUUUAGACCCGAAACAGACACGUUCGUCGCACACAAUCUUCUCAGACUGUUAGCUAACGUUAGCGAACGGUCGCGGCUAACACAAAACAAAUGGAAUAUUAGGUGUGUGUCCAUCUGCUGGGUGUGUGUGCAGGAACUUUGAUGAGGUCAUCUCCAGUUUUGCUGACCCGCUCCAGGAGAGCCCGCUUUUCCCCGAGUCCUGCUCCAGCCUCUACGAGGAGGAUAACUGCAAGGUGACCAUGUGAUGGGAUCGUGUUAGAGGCUUUAUGGAACUUUUGCUUCAGGGGGUGCUCUUGAGCCACAAAGGGUCCACUAAAUAGACAUAAAUAUUGUCCAGAAAUUACCUCAUUAGAACAAAAUAAAACUAAUGAUUUGUGUGGUUUCAUGAGAUAAGAAAUGUAUAUUAUAUAAUAUUGAUAUCAUCUUUGCAUAUGAACUAUACAGCUAACAUCUCAUAGAGUAUCUUUUAAGAGUAUAAUUUGGUAUACGAGGUGAAGGCUGAGAUUUCUCACUAAGCUGUGAUUGAUUAUUUCCCUUGCGCUCCAGCAGAACAUGAGGGAGAACCCAAUCCACAUCAUCAAUGUGUCCAUCAAGUCAGCGGACACAGAGGAUGAUGAUACCUUGGUCACAGCCUUCGCUGCCUUCGCCCAGUCUAAGGUCAGCAGCAUGGUUCAUCCCACCAAACUCUUACAGUAUAAUUAUGGCUGGGCUUUUUCUCAUAGGGGUGAAUCCUAUCUUCUGCUCAUGUUGAAUUUGAACUUAGUCUCCAAUUGACCUCAACACAUGAUUAAGUGAAUAUUUGACUUAAGUGGAAGUUAAGAUUCACCUGUUCAUUCUUAUCCCAGUGUGUCCUAUGAUUUCUGCACUAGGAUUAUACUUGAUAUGAUCAUUUCUUAUUACAGAAAGAUGUACUCUUUGACCACGGCAUCCGAAGGAUCACGUUUUUAGUCGCACAGAGGGUAAGAUGUUUCUACAAGACCAUUUGAAAUAGCCUCGUACGACCAUCCAGAUCUCGCAAGCUUACAUUUAUUUUACGUGGAAUCCAUGUGUAAGCUCGCGAGAUCAAGAUUGUCGUACAAGAUCAGGAUUGUCGUACGAGGCUACAUUUGAAAUUCCCUUUGCUGUUGUUGAAUACAACUGUGAGUAGUGCUCCGUCAUCGCUUACCACUAAUCUUACCAUUAAUCUUACUAUUAACUUAUUUUUAAUCUACUUUGGAUUUACUAUUAAUAUACUAUUAACUUAAUAUUAACUUACUAUUAAACUAUGGCUAAUAAAAGCCGGGUCGUUCCAUUAGUGCACACCACAGCAAAGGAUUUUGCAACGGAAAACGAAAACGAGCGUUUCUUAUUGGACAACUUCAGGUAGUCCCUCCCUGUUUCCGUUAAUUUUCUUGCGUUUGGUGCCUAAUGAAUACGACCAAGAUGAGUCUAAUUUUCCUCUUUGAUUUUUACCAGAGGGAAUUUCCCAAGUUCUUCACUUUCAGAGCCAGAGACGGGGUAAAAAAACUACUUCUUUACAAAAAAUUGUUUUCACAAUAACCAGACAUUUAACCAGACUGUUCAUAUACAUGAACAGCCUUAAAACACUAGUAAACCCACUCUCUAACCACCUGUGUGCGUCUCUCCCCCAGUUCCAGGAGGACCGUAUCUACAGGAACCUGGAGCCUGCUCUGGCCUUCCAGCUGGAGCUGAACCGCAUGCGGAACUUUGACCUGACGGCCGUGCCCUGUGCUAACAGCAAGAUGCACCAGUACCUGGGCGCUGCCCGCGUGCAGGAGGGCGCCGAGGUCACAGACUACCGCUACUUCAUCCGAGCCAUCAUGCGCCACUCUGACCUCAUCACAAAGGUACGGGGGGGGUAUACACCAAAGGUACGGGGGGGGGGUAUACACCAAAGGUACGGGGGGGGUAUACACCAAAGGUACGGGGGGGGUAUACACCAAAGGUACGGGGGGGGUAUACACCAAAGGUACGGGGGGGGUAUACACCAAAGGUACGGGGGGGGGUAUACACCAAAGGUACGGGGGGGGUAUACACCAAAGGUACGGGGGGGGUAUACACCAAAGGUACGGGGGGGGUAUACACCAAAGGUACGGGGGGGGGUAUACACCAAAGGUACGGGGGGGGGGUAUACACCAAAGGUACGGGGGGGGUAUACACCAAAGGUACGGGGGGGGUAUACACCAAAGGUACGGGGGGGUAUACACCAAAGGUACGGGGGGGUAUACACCACACGAGCGCAAGAGUGCAGGGGUGGAAGGAGGUCCCUUACAAAAAAUCUAUUCUAAACAGGAGUUAAAAAUACAUGUAUUGAUUUUACUCCCUUACAUUGAAGAUAAAUCAUUUAUGUCUUGCUUGAAAUAUGACUUUUCUCUCAUAACACUUGGAGCCCUUUCUUUCUCUCUCUCUCUGUCUAGGAAGCGUCAUUUGAGUACCUGCAGAACGAGGGUGAGCGUCUUCUCUUGGAGGCCAUGGAUGAGCUAGAGGUGGCCUUCAGCAACACCAAAUGGCGCACCGACUGCAACCACAUCUUCCUCAACUUUGUUCCGACCGUUAUCAUGGACCCCUCCAAGGUCAGUGUGCCUGUGCCUGUGCUCUCUGUGCUGUUGGCUCCUCCAUUACAAGUGAUUGACGACGAUCCAUUUAGUAAUAUUCCAUCUUGAAAGGGGCUAUGUGGAUCCUUUGCCACCAGGGGUGCUCCUGAUCCAAAAAUGGGUUCCCUAAAUGUACAGAAAUAUUGUCCAGAAAUUAACUCAUUGGACAGAAGGGGCACACCUGCCCCAUGCCCACGAGGAAAAUCAUAUAUUGUUUGCCUAACACUAAGCAUUGUGUGGUUUCAUGAGCUAAUUAAAGUGAUCAAUGUUAUCUCAUAAUGUGUAUAUGAACUACAGUAUGUGUUGCCUCUGUGUCCUGUCUAACCCCUUUCCCCUUUAGAUUGAGGAGUCAGUGCGCUCCAUGGUGAUGCGUUACGGCAGUAGGCUGUGGAAGCUCCGGGUGCUCCAGGCCGAGCUGAAGAUCAACAUCCGACUGACGCCCGUUGGGAUUGCCAUCCCAAUCCGUCUGUUCCUCACCAACGAGUCAGGAUAUUACCUGGACAUCAGCUUGUAUAAGGAGGUCACCGACCCCACAACGGGACAGGUAGGUCGAUCAGGAAGAGCAUUAUAAACUGGCACACAGGCUGGGAUCAGCUCACUGGUUUAUUGGAGCUACAGAACAUUGGCACACAGAUUGGUGCACAAUGCACAGCCAGAGAAAUAGUGUUGAAUUAGCAGUGCAGCAGGGUCUACAAUUCCUAAAUGCUUCACAGGGCAUUCAUAAAGACUACAUAAAUCAUUUAUAAGCACAACCUUCUAUUUUAGUUUCUCUAUCCGUUCAAUGCAAUGAGCUGCAGCUGACAUCUGACCUCCGUCUCCCCUCUGACCUCUAGAUCAUGUUCCAGUCGUACGGGGACAAGCAGGGCCCUCUGCAUGGCAUGCUCAUCAACCAUCCCUAUGUCACCAAGGACCUGCUGCAGUCCAAACGUUUCCAGGCCCAGACCCUAGGCACCACCUACGUCUACGACUUCCCAGAGAUGUUCCGACAGGUGGGGUGCCUCUCUCUCUUUCUCUUUCUCUUUCUCUUUCUCUUUCUCUUUCUCUUUCUCUUUCUCUCUCACACUUGCCCCUUCCACUUUUUUAACUGCAGGGGCUUUUAUAUUUGAAUCCGUGUUUUACCUUUUGUGUCUCAUAGGCCCUCUUUAAGCUGUGGGGUCCGGGGGACAGUUACCCUAAAGACGUGCUGAUGUGCACCGAGCUGGUGCUGGACCCGCAGGACCGACUGGUGCAGAUGAACCGCCUGCCUGGAGACAACCAGGUAGAACACAGCAUGCUCACGUGGAUUGGAACUACAACAUAUUCUAGUGUUACAGAGACGAGCAGGGCCCUCUUUCUUUUGAAACCCCCUAUGCUGUCCCGAAACCCCCAUGUCAAUCCCGAAUACCCUACUUCACUCUCUCUCCCUCUCUCCCAGGUGGGAAUGGUAGCCUUCCGGAUGCGGAUGAAGACGCCAGAGUAUCCCGAGGGCCGCGACAUCAUCGUCAUCUGCAACGACAUCACCUACAUGAUUGGCUCGUUCGGGCCCCAGGAGGACCAGCUGUUCCUGCGGGCGUCGGAGAUGGCCCGGGCCGAGGGCAUUCCACGCAUCUACAUCUCAGCCAACAGCGGGGCGCGCAUUGGCCUGGCUGAGGAGAUAAGACACAUGUUCCAGGUGGCCUGGAUCGACCCACAGGACCCUUACAAGGUGACUCAUCACCAGUCACUACUUACCAGUAGAUUCUACAGUGUAUGUAAGACCUUUUUACAAGGACUAUUGAGUUGAGCAUGCCAGCUAUUGAGUUAUCUUCAUUAGCCUUGUAAAAAGGUAUUUGGGUGUAGGGUUGUAACUUGUAAGGGCAUACCAUGCUAGAAAGGGGGGAAAAAACACACUCGCUGGAAAUGGUCAUUUGAAAUGUAAUUGAUUUGCGGCAGCAGAGGUCAUGGCAAUGCACAUGAAUUACAUUUCUAAAGAUUUUUCCUUUUCUGACUUAGCGUUAUUCCUUCCUUUUACGUGAAUUAUUUAACAAACUAUUUCAGUGUCUUUGUGCGUCUCCCAAAAGGUUGUAAGUUUUUUGGGAUUUAAGUAACGGACAGAGUCCCGAUCUGCAUAGUCAGAGAUCUUUAUUCAUUGAGAAUUCUAAAACAAAAUGGUGGUACAAUCCUUUUAUACACAUAAGUCAUACGAAAAAUCCUGCCCCCCCCCCCCCCCCCCUAGGUAUUUUUCCACUAUACACAUCUUGUAAGCACACACACACUUCGGUUGAGCUCAUGUUUUCCUCUGCUAUCCUGACCAUUAGGUCACACACUGUUCUAAUCUUUUACUACUCCUUGCUCGGCCAGGUGGCAAACUUCAGUUAUCGCAUCCUCACAAUAUCCUGCAUACUCCUCAAAAAGUCUAACAGUUUCUCUCCUCCCUAAAUUGGGAGGCCCCUUUAUCUUGGUUUCUCAGUUGUCUGUAGGACAGCUCUCCUUGUCCUUUGUUGUCUGGUCUAACUCUUACUCACAUUGCUAAAUAGUAGCUCAAUGUCAUAGUCUUUACUGGUCCUACACUUACACAUUCUAACACAUUUCACACAGUUUCAGGGUGUAAUAAUUUGUCAUUAAUAAUUAAUCUAUCACUUCCCUUCGUGUGACACCUCUGGUAAACCUACACCUGGCAAAGUUGAUUGUUACCAUGUGCUGGUGGCAUGGUCUACUAUGUUGGGAAGACAGACUGGCGAUCAGAAGAGUGGGUGUGAUAUUGAUAUUCUCUGUGGGGCAUAAUGGAAAGGUGUAAUCAUGUUGUAAACUCUAUCAACCUCUACACAGACAUGCCCUGUUUCUGUGUGAGCCCACUUUCUUGGAACUGAUGACUGUUUGUUUGUCUCCACCUGUAGGGUUUCAAGUAUCUGUACCUGACGCCCCAGGACUACACCCGCAUCAGCUCCUCCAACGCUGUCCACUGCCACCACGUGGAGGAGGGCGGGGAGUCCAGGUAGAACACGCAUACCCUUCACCUGAGGGAUAUACUAUAAAGCAGGAUCAAUGAGUUAGCCGGCUAACUUUGAAAAGCAACCAGAAAGAACUAUUGAUUUGAUUGCUUAUUAAAAAAGCUCAAAAUAUUAAGGCAGGUUUGCCAGCUAACUGCUUGAACCUGCUUUGUAGUAUACCCCUCUGGUGCUAGUCACCCUUAUCAACUAGCACAGCUAACAAACACAGUAUGUUAUCCCAGAGGUUCGCUGACUCUCUCUUUCACUCUCCCCAUCCCAUCGGCUGGACUCCAGGUACAUCAUCACUGACAUCAUAGGGACCGAAGAGGGUCUUGGGGUGGAGAACUUGAGAGGAUCAGGCACCAUCGCCGGGGAGACUUCCCAGGCCUACGACGAAAUCAUCACUAUCAGCAUGGUCAGGAGGACACGUCACAUCACCACAACGUGCCUACAGACACACACACACACACACACACACACACAAACACACACAGACGCACACAGACAUACAUACACACAGACACACACACAUAGACACACGUCUCUUUGUCUGGGGUUAGAUACCCCAGGUGGUUAGGCAUACCAUGCUUCAUGGCUUAUGUUAAAGCCAUGGUACUGUUUGUGCUGCAGGUGACGUGCCGUGCCAUUGGAAUCGGGGCUUAUCUAGUGCGUCUGGGGCAGAGGAUCAUCCAGGUGGAGAACUCCCACAUCAUCCUGACCGGGGCUGGAGCCCUUAACAAGGUAUGUCUCUGUCCCUACUGCUUGGAUUCAUCAUGCGUUUUAAAACUCUUUGAGACUUAUACAGGAAGUAAACACAGGCCCACUGUUAGGAUAACUAUGGAGCUCGUAUGUUCAAAAUAAUAUACAGUGAGGGGAAAAAGUAUUUGAUCCCCUGCUGAUUUUGUACGUUUGCCCACUGACAACGAAAUGAUCAGUCUAUAAUUUUAAUGGUAGGUUUAUAUUAACAGUAAGAGACAGAAUAACAACAAAAAUAUCCAGAAAAACGCAUGUCAAAAACGUUAUAAAUUGAUUUGCAUUUUAAUGAGGGAAAUAAUUAAUUGACCCCCUCUGAAUCAGAAAGAUUUCUGGCUCCCAGUUGUCUUUUAUACAGGUAACGAGCUGAGAUUAGGAGCACACUCUUAAAGGGAGUGCUCCUAAUCUCAGUUUGUUACCUGUAUAAAAGACACCUGUCCACAGAAGCAAUCAAUCAAUCAGAUUCCAAAGACCAAAGAGCUCUCCAAGGAUGUCAGGGACAAGAUUGUAGACCUACACAAGGCUGGAAUGGGCUACAAGACCAUCACCAAGCAGCUUGGUGAGAAGGUGACAACAGUUGGUGCGAUUAUUCGCAAAUGGAAGAAACACAAAAGAACUGUCAAUCUCCCUCGGCCUGGGGCUCCAUGCAAGAUCUCACCUCGUGGAGUUGCAAUGAUCAUGAGAACGGUGAGGAAUCAGCCCAGAACUACACGGGAGGAUCUUGUCAAUGAUCUCAAGGCAGCUGGGACCAUAGUCACCAAGAAAACAAUUGGUAACACACUGCGCCGUGAAGGACUGAAAUCCUGCAGCGCCCGCAAGGUCCCCCUGCUCAAGAAAGCACAUAUAAAGGGCCGUCUGAAGUUUGCCAAUGAACAUCUGAAUGAUUCAGAGAACUGGGUGAAAGUGUUGUGGUCAGAUGAUGGAGCUCUUUGGCAACAACUCAUCUCACCAUGUUUGGAGGAGGAGGAAUGCACCUAUGACCCCAAGAACACCAUCCCCACCGUCAAACAUGGAGGUGGAAACAUUAUGCUUUGGGGGUGUUUUUCUGUUAAGGGGACAGGACAACUUCACCGCAUCAAAGGGACGAUGGACGGGACCAUGUACCGUCAAAUCUUGGGUGAGAACCUCCUUCCCUAAACCAGGGCAUUGAAAAUGGGUCGUGGAUGGGUAUUCCAGCAUGACAAUGACCCAAAACACACGGCCAAGGCAACAAAGGAGUGGCUCAAGAAGAAGCACAUUAAGGUCCUGGAGUGGCCUAGCCAGUCUCCAGACCUUAAUCCCAUAGAAAAUCUGUGGAGAGAGCUGAAGGUUCGAGUUGCCAAAUGUCAGCCUUGAAACCUAAAUGACUUGGAGAAGAGCUGCAAAAAGGAGUGGAACAAAAUCUCUCCUGAGAUGUGUGCAAACCUGGUGGCCAACUACAAGAAACGUCUGAUCUCUGUCAUUGCCAACAAGGGUUUUGCCACCAAGUACUAAGUAAUGUUUUGCAGAGGGGUCAAAUACUUAUUUCCCCCAUUUAAAAUGCAAAUCAAUUUAUAACAUUUUUGACAUGCGUUUUUCUGGAUUUUUUUGUUGUUAUUCUGUCUCUCACUGUUCAAAUAAACCUACCAUUAAAAUUACAGACUGAUAAUUUCUUUGUCAGUGGACAAACGUACAAAAUCAGCAGGGGAUCAAAUACUUUUUUCCCUCACUGUAUGAAAAUAUGUUUUUUAACUAAAAUACCCCUUUAACCCUCAUACUAUCAACAUAUUUUACAUACAUGGAUUACCAACUGGGGUCAUUUUGACAAACUAUUGAAAACUAUUGGAAAAAGCAACAAUCAUAGCAAAAUAUCAACUUAAUUCUUAUCAAAACCUCUUAGACAUAUACACAUUUAAAAAACUGACAUAUUUUAGCAAUUACAAUUAAUUAGCAUUUUCUAUCAAAUGAAAAUAUGAAUGUUCCCUUCAUUAAUUUGCAGCUUUUUUCCAAAGUACAAUCCACAUUAGUACUAAAAAGCUGAUUUACCAUCAUUUGAUUGUAGUAUCAUUUAGUUUUUCAGUAUUUUGAAGUAAAUAUUAAUUCUGACAUAUGUGCCAUUUAAAGCGGCAGUACACCAAAAAUGUAAAUAUACUUAAUUUUAUUGACCAAAGGUGUUUCAUCCAUUGAUCAUGAGAGACAAUUACCAAAAAUAUGGCUUAGUUUUAUUGAUUUACUUACUGCAAAGACAGCAUUAGCAUCACUUCUAGUGAAACAAGGGGAGUGGUAGGGCUUAUGGCAGGAUGCUUCUAAAAGCAUGCCCAAAUCCUCAGUCACUUCAAACCAAAUGUUAUAGCAACCAAAACACCAUAGAAGGUUGCACAUAUAGAAUAUUGGAGGAUAUUAUAGGAAUUUUGGUAUUUAUAAAACAUUUCCCGUAGAAUAACUAUAUGGAUAAUUAUGUCUCCAGAGAAACCUAAAUUCAAAUAAAGGUCCUAUUUAUCAAAUUGCUAUAGGCGGAUUAGGUGUUUUUGGCCGGGGUUUAAAAUGACCCCAAAGGACUUUUUUCAAAGUCCAUAUUGAUACAGAAACACUAAACAAUUAUUUUGAUUUAUUAAGAACAAGUUGAUUGACAAAGUCAUGAAAAAUAUAAAGAAUUGAAUAAAUCACCUUUGGGCUAUGAUCAAAAAUAUGACUCUCGGGUCAAAAUGACAGUUAAGGAGUCUCAUAUUUCAUAAGUAGUGAAACUAUUUUAAAUCGUUAUAACUGCAAUGUACUAUAAUCCUCUGGAUAAGUGGAGCGUUUCCAGUGUCCUUGUUAGUGAAGCUGUUGUCAUUACAGGUUCUGGGUCGAGAGGUGUACACCUCCAACAACCAGCUGGGAGGCGUCCAGAUCAUGCACAACAACGGAGUAACACACACUACAGUGCCCGAUGACUUUGAGGGCGUUUUCACUAUCCUGAAGUGGCUCUCCUAUAUGCCAAAGGUACAUUAGAAAAAGAGGAAGACCAGAUCUGAGCCCGUAUUCAUAAAGAUUCGCAGAGAAGGAGUGCUAUUCUAGGAUCACAUCCCCCCGUCCAUAUAAUCAUAUUCAUUAUGAUCUAAUGGACAAAACUGAUCCUAGAUCAGCAUUUUCACUCUGAGACGUACAUUUGGCAAGACAGCCCAAACAGAUCUCGGACCAGGCUAAAGAUGUCCUGUAACUCAGCCGACCAACCCCCAGAUAGGAGUUCUCAGAACAUUGUUCUACUCUGGUUUCAGAACAAGCACUCUCCGGUGCCGGUGAUCCCACCCAAGGACCCAGUGGAGAGGGAGAUCGAGUUCACCCCCACCAAGGCUCCCUAUGACCCCCGCUGGCUACUGGCCGGGAGGCCCCACCCCAGUGAGAGACACACUCUGCAGCAUACGCAACCCUCUUAACUCUGCCCAGAUUCUAUUUCCCCUAGCCACUGAGUUGACAGACAUGGCUGUCCCCAGUGCAGUAUACUGUAUAUUGAAUUGAACCAAAUCCAACUGUAUUUAAAGUGCAUAAAAAAAUGCAAUACACUUUACAUAUUGCUGUCAGACUAAAUAUACUAUUUUUGUGUGUGUGUUGUAUUUAGCUGUAAAAGGGGCCUGGCAGAGUGGAUUCUGUGACCAUGGCUCGUUCAUGGAGGUGAUGGGAUCUUGGGCCCAGACAGUAGUGGUGGGCAGAGCCAGGUUAGUGUACUGUAUACACACACACACACACACACACACACACACAAUAUAAAUGCUUACAGAAGACAUAUGGGUAACAAUUUCUUAAAACCUGCAAGUACAAUGCAUUAUUACAUUUUAAGAUAUAUCAUAUGCGUGUUUGACCCCGUUAUGUCUUAUAAUCAUCUCAUAAUGACCCUUACUAAAUAUCAGUCAUUUCGAGUCAGUUGAAAAAUGUUGAUACAUAGAGAGACAUAACAUUUUAAGUGUUAUUAUGUAUGUUUAUAACAACUUGUAAAGCAUUAUACCUGCAGGAUAUGGAAUCACUGACAUGUAAGCGCUCCGAAGGCAGACUGCCAACUAAUUUGUAACAACACCACAGGUUAGGAGGGAUUCCCCUUGGUGUCAUCGCUGUGGAAACACGCACUGUUGAGGUGGCUAUCCCAGCCGAUCCAGCAAACUUGGACUCUGAGGCCAGAGUGAGUGGCUUUGUGUCCUCAUUGUAUGUUGUGUGCAUUAGUGAUUAUGUAAUGGACCUGCUUGUGUCGUAUGCCAAGGCGACAUGUUAGUAAGCCAUCAUUCAUUUCAUUUUGAUGCCUUCCAUCAUUUCGGAAAGGGAAACAUGAUCUGUCAAGGUAACACAGACUCAUUCGACACCUGCAGCAGAGUUUAACAUCCCUGUGUGUGUGUCUCGCUCUCUCAGCUGGUGCAGCAGGCCGGCCAGGUGUGGUUCCCGGACUCUGCCUUCAAGACAGCCCAGGCCAUCCGUGACUUCAACCGUGAGCGGCUGCCUCUGAUGGUGUUCGCCAACUGGAGAGGCUUCUCCGGGGGAAUGAAGGGUACUGACUGGCCAACCUGGGUUCAAAUACUAUUCAAAAUCAUUUCAAAUACUGUAUCUGUGCUGGAUUGAGCUUGCCUGUUGCAAUGGGACCACUAAAACAUCUCAAGUGCAAAUCAUGCCCACCUGGCACUCCAGCCAGACUAAAGCAAACGCUCAACGCAUUUGAAAGAUUUCAAAUAGUAUUUGAACCCUGGUCUGGUGCUGACUGGAACACCCCCACUACAACACAGCGUUUUCUUUCUAAAUCUCAAAAUAAUAUUGUAAAUGUUGGUGUUAACACAACUGCACGUCCGUUUCUUUCUUUCAGACAUGUACGACCAGGUGCUGAAGUAUGGGGCCUAUAUCGUGGACGGCCUGCGUGAGUUCCGCCAGCCUGUGUUGAUCUACAUCCCACCGCACGCUGAGCUGAGGGGGGGAUCCUGGGUGGUGAUCGAUCCCACCAUCAACCUUCUGUGCAUGGAGCUCUACGCAGACAGGGAGAGCAGGUGGGCCUUUUUACAUUGCAGGGCAGCUUCUCUCCAAAGUCAAUGUGAAUGAGCUGCUCUCUUACUCCUUUCUCUCUUUUACUCUCCCUCUCUCUCAUCCCCUUUCCCUCUUGUCUCAUCUCCAUCUCUCUUCUCAUCACGACCUGUCCCUCUCUUUUCCCCUCUCUUUCUCAUCCACUCUCCCCCUCCCCUCUCCCUGUUCAAGGGGUGGUGUGCUCGAGGCAGAAGGCACUGUGGAGAUCAAAUAUCGCAGGAAGGACCUGUUGAAAACCAUGCGCCGGAUCGACUCGGUCUAUGCCGGUCUGGCUGAACAGCUUGGUAAACAGCCUGGUAAACUCUUUCAACAGUACCUGUAGUUCCACCCAUAUGUACAAUAGGCAUCGUGUUUUCUUUUAGUUAGCAUUGUUAAAAAAAAAAUCUAAAUCAUGUUUUUCAAGUUAUGUUAUGAUAUUUGAAGGAAACUAGAUCAAAGUGUGAUGACCAAAGUAUGAAAAAUGACUGUUGCUUCUAUAUUGAUAAAGUUUGAUCAAAAUUACUGGUCCCCUCCCCCAUGUCAAACACUUGAUUAAGGGGACAAGAUGACAUCACCUUAACUCUAAUUUUAAUACACCAAUGGUAACAUGAUAUUUUCUUACCUAAUUUAAAUAAGUACCACCUUGUAACCAAAAUCAGAGAAGUUGUGUUUGCAGAGUGGCGUGGUUUAUAUAGCUAGAUAGCUACUCAACUGGUGCCAAAAUGUGACUGUAGGGUGUCAGCAAAUAUAAUUUAAAGUUGACCCUAUUCAUCUAUGGCAAAAAUACUAUGUUUCCCCUUUCAUCUGUAUCUGGUGUUGGCUAGUUACUGGUUAGUUACUGGCUAGCUAUGUCUUCAGCCAACAUGGAACAAAAGGGGGGUCGUUCAAAAGUCUGACGCAGUUGUCAAGUCAGCACAUCUGUCAGUUUUGCUGUGAACCGCAUCACAAGAGACAUGCCAAACGGGAGAUGUAUAUCUUUUUUGAUGUUAUUGAUGCAAUUUCAAUAUUUCAGUUGCUUUCUGUAUCACCAAAUUAGCUUGAGAUGAUUUUACUGCAACACUACUCACUGCAUCCAAGUUGCUUGCGUUUCAAAGAGCUGUCAGUCAAGGUCAUGAAUAUAAACUCCCCGCCCACUCAGCCUGUCUUUUCAAACUUCCUGGUAGUUAGUCAUGAGAGAAAAAGUACUUUUUAGAAUGACUGUUCAGGACCUUUUAAAGUUUUGCCAUGUCUAGAGUCCAGUGGUGUAAAAAUACUUUAAAGUACUACUUAAGUCGUUUUUUGGGGGUAUCUGUACUUUACUAUUAAUAUUUUUAACUACUUUUACUUUUACUCCACUGCAAUCCUAAAGAAAAUAAUAUACUUUUUACUCCAUGCAUUUUCCAUGACACCCAAAAGUACUUGUUACAUUUCGAAUGCUUAGCAGGACAGGAAAAUUGUCCUGGUGGCUCACUAAACACAAAUGAUUCGUUUGUAAAUGAGUGUGGCCUGGCUAUUCGUACAUUUUAAAAACAAGAAAAUCGUGCCGGCUGGUUUGCUUAACAUAAGGAAUGUGAAAUGAUAUAUACUUUUUCUUUUGAUACUUAAGUAUGUUUAAAACCAAAUCCUUUUAGACUUUUACUCAAGUAGUAUUUCACUGGGUGACUAACUUUUACUUGAGUAAUUUUCUAUGAAGGUAUCUUUACUUUUACUCAAGUAUGACAAGUGGGUACUUUUUCCACCACUGCUAGUCACAGGAUUUCGUCAACCGUUCAGAAAACAACUGGGUCGUGUUCAUUAGGCACCAAACGAAAGGAAACAUGGCAAGACUUCCUGGACUUUCCAUUGUAAAAUGUUUUUAAACAUCUUUCAUUCUGUGUCCUAAUGAACAUGAUAAGGAGACAUUGGUUAAUAAAUCCUCUUGACUGGCCAGAUACACCGGAGCUGACGGACAAACAGCGGCGGGACCUGGAAGCCAAGCUGAGGGCCAGAGAGGAGUUCCUGCUGCCCAUCUACCACCAGGUGGCAGUGCAGUUUGUGGACCUCCACGACACCCCUGGUAGAAUGCAGGAGAAGGGUGCCAUCACGGUAAAAAAAAAAAAACUUCCCUCCCUUUGUGUUUUACAACAACAGUCUGUGUUAUGAUCAGGGGUUGGAACCAAAAUUAUUUUCCAAUCGUUUCGUUCUGAACAGAAACUUUUUUAAAAAAUCCUUCCGUUCCACUGUUCGACCAGCAAAAUAAAGUUCUGAACCAGUUUGAAAACAAAAAAAGUUAGUUUAUACCUUUUCUGUACCUAUUUAAUCCUCAGAAAUCAUUUUUAUUUUUUUAUUUAGCUCAACAUUUAAAUGACUUCACCAAUCAGUGCGACUAGAGCAGCUUGCUAUAGAGCGGACAAGCUAUAGUUGUUUACAUGGAAUGGACAGACAAGUGUAGGGCGCGAGAUGCGACUGAAAUUUUGCAGGUGGGGAAAGAGUGAGAGAGGGUGGAAGAGGCUUGGCUUGAAGCGCUGGGCAUCUUGUUUUGACAUGGAUUAUCUGAAUUAAGCACACAGAAUUAUACCUACAGAAGAGCAGCUUCUAUGAAGAAACUUUGAAUGUCUUCCAAGAGUUGGAUUAACAUUGGACCAGAGCUAGCUAGUUAACCUUUUUUUAGUUAAUAAAUCCAGUGUGGAAUGUGAUAACUAUAGUGUCCUUAACUAGUAUUGAAAAACGUAAUCCAUUCUUCUCUAAUUAAAAAUCUCUCUCCCUAAUUUCUGAAUCACGCUUGUAACGUCAAUAGACUACAGUAGUUUAUGCUUCAGAGGGGGAGGGGCAGGUAGCCUACAGCUGGCAGGCAGACAGUGGAAUACAUUUCUGAGUGACAGCGUGAGGGCUUUGCAUAGGUGCUUUGUUGCAUUUGUUUUUGGUACUGUAAAAAACACCCGGAACAUAAAAUGACGUUAUUAACCGGUUGCCAUGCUUUUAAAAUGACAGUUCUGUUCCAGAACAGUGUAGAUCAAUUUCGUUCCCGGUUCUGAUUCUGUUCCUUGAAAGAUUCCGUUCUUUUCUGGUUUUUGGUUCUGUUCUCUGAACCGGUUCCAACCCCUGGUUGUGAUAGUCAAUCAAACAAGGGAAGGUGCCAAAGCAAACCCUGCAAAGCAAAAUAAAGUUAAAUGAGAACUCAAAGGGAGCACAUGGGCAGACAGGAGGAGAUGCAUGUGUGAUGCCCGGUCCCAUUCUCCGCACCUGCAAUUGGACAGGGGCAUUAGUGUCCCUCACUCUAUGGUCUAUGUAACCCAAUGGUGGUCUAUGUAACCCGAUGGUGGUCUAUGUAACCCGAUGGUGGUCUAUGUAACCUGGUGGUCUCAUGCAGGACAUCCUGGACUGGAAGAAUGUGCGGAGCUUCUUCUACUGGCGUCUGCGGCGCCUCCUGCUGGAGGGUGUGGUAAAGUGUGAGGUCCUGCAGGCCAACCCAGAGCUAAGUGACGGCCACAUCCAGUCCAUGCUGCGGCGCUGGUUCGUGGAGACAGAAGGCACAGUCCAGGUAUGGAUAUCACAACGUAAUGGCUCUGUUCAUGUGAUACAAGAUGGGUUAUCCUAUUGUAAUGGAGUACCCCUGUCUGAAACAUGUAAUCCCAAUUGUUGCCCUCGGAACAUAGUUAUUUUUGGUCCAAUGUUUAAGAUGUUGGGUUACUGCGUGGGGGACCUGGGUUCGAAUCCCACUGGUUACACAAUCUAUUCCACUCCAAUCCAUGGUGUGUAGAAGUGUUUUAGAGUUAGGUUCUGUGCUUAAUUUCCAGGCGUACCUUUGGGACAACAACAAAGCGGUGGUGGAGUGGCUGGAGAAGCAUUUGGCCAAAGAGGACGGUACACGAUCUGCCAUCAGCGAGAACAUCAAGUACCUGAAGAGGGACCACGCCUUAAAACACAUCCACAGGUACAUACACACACACACACAUUACUACACAUGAAUGUACUGUGUGCAUAUAAUCCUAUUGUAUGUAUGUACUGUGUGUGUUAUGCCAGCAUUGUGCAGGCCAACCCUGAGGUGACCAUGGACUGCAUCAUCCACAUGAGCCAGUCCAUCACUCCAUCCCAGAGGGCCAAGAUCUCCCACCUGCUGGCCACGAUGGACGGCACGGCCCCCAGUUAA